AUGAAUUCCAGCGAAGGUAAAAAGAAUUACAAAAAUAUACAGGAGUGUGUUGUGAAAGAAUUCAAAAAGAAAAACAAACCCCAUGUUAUUUAUGUAAAUUACAGGUUCAUUCAGCUGUGUCGAAAAAAAAGUGGGAAGAGUGAUUUGAACUUCCAAGUGGAGUUAAGUGACCCAACAUGUGGUGCGGAGCUCGGAAGAGCAAAUCGCACAAUCGUUACAAUAGUAAGUGAUGAAGAGUUCAACAGCAUGGUCAGCCGAAUUGCUAAUCUGACUAAACAAAAUUUGGAUUCUUUAAAGUUAGAAAGUGCGACGUGGGGUGAGCAAUUCAAACAGGCUAUGAAUGUCAAUGGAGGUGAUAUCGAAAAUGCAUCAAACACGGAUUAUGGCAUGCACUUUCUGACAUUUUUCUGGAAGAUCGUAUUUGCUUUUGUACCACCGCCGUCACUGUGUGGAGGCUGGUUAACGUUUUUCUUCUCGUUAUCUAUGAUCGGCGUUAUAACAGCAUUGAUCAGUGACUUGGCCUCGAUCUUCGGUUGUCUAAUUGACUUAAACAAGAGUAUAACGGCCAUCACACUCGUUGCUCUAGGGACCAGUAUGCCAGAUACAUUUGCCAGCAGACAAGCAGCUCUGCAAGAGAAAUGGGCGGAUAAUGCAAUCGGAAACAUAAAUGGGAGCAACGCAGUUAAUGUGUUUUUGGGUCUUGGACUUCCUUGGUUUAUUGCUUCUGUGUAUCACUACACCAACGGUACCAAAUUCAAUUUCCAAGGCAAAACUGAAAGUCUGGCAUUCACCGUUGUACUGUAUACUAUCUUCUCCGCACUGACGAUGUCUCUACUCGUUUUGCGCCGUCUGCAUCCGGUAUUUGGCAAAGCAGAACUCGGUGGUCCAAAUACAACAAAAUAUAUCUCAGCAUGUUUUACAUUCCUUAUGUGGAUUCUUUACCUCUUGUUCUCCAUCUUGCAAAUCAGCGGAGUCAUUACUAUCAACAUAUAAACUCUCAGAAAUAUUCUCAUCCACUCAGUUAACCAUAUUCUUCCAAGUAACUUUCCACUUAAAGAGACAUAAUAUGUUCAAAAUGCACUUUUGUAUGCAUAACGUAGGUCUGUAUGUAAGCAUGUAUGUGUUUAUUUAUUAAUGUACAUACGAAUGUAUGUAUGUAUGUAUGUAUGUAUGUAUGUAUGUAUGUAGGUUUAAAAUCUAAGUUGUGUCCUCUUGAAACACAUUUGCUAAUUCCAGUACUCCAAAAUUGUAUGUAGAAGUUAUAUUUGUGUGAGAUAUGCAUAAGAGUUGAAAAAUACUGGAAAAAAUUUACACGUGUUCGUUUACUAAUAGGAGUUACAAAAUUGUACAUAUAAAAGUAAUGUGUAGACAUCUCACGUUAGAAACUCUUCAGACAGAGAAUCAAACAAUACAUUUUUAUGAUUUGAUUCUGUGUCUGAAGAAUUCCUAAUAGGAUAUAUCUAACAUGUUUCUCCUACUUGUACAAUUUUGUAACUCCUAUUUACAAAUGAAACAUAUGUAAUGGUGAAUAGAUAAUACCAAAACGUUUUUCGAAUCUCUCUCCGUGUGUAUGUAUGUGUGUGUAUAUAUAUAUAUAUAUAUGUGUGUGUGUGUGUGUGUG